CUGGUUGAUCCAAUACCCUUUCCGAUUGUUCAGCGCCCUUCCUCUCCAUGGAAACGAAGAAUCAUACUUUAACUUGCGUUUGGAAUUAAUCACGACGUUAAUCAAUUAAUAGUGCUUACUAUUGCUUCAUUUUCGCAAUCGCUUGUGUUUCUCCGGUACUGAGGCGGAGAAGUUAAACACGUUAACGCCCGUACUUCAGUCCCUCAUAUCGCCACACAUGAAGACUUUUCGCUAAUCCCCCCCGAUUAAUCCGAUCUCUGCCGAGACGAAAUUAAGUUACCGUACUGUAUAUUUUCAACACAGCGGGAGGGACGUUUAUUACAAACUAGGAAAUAUGGAAUUAAAUUUGAAUCGCGUCGAUUACCUUCAGGUUGGAGUAACGUCACAGAAGACAAUGAGGCUCCUUCCAGCACUGGGACGCAAAGCAACACAAAAGGUUGUUGUUGCAGAUCAGGACGGUGUCAUAACUUGUUUUGGGAUGAAAAAAGGGGAUGCAGUUCCGGUGUUCAAGACCCUGCCAGGCCAGAAGAUCUCCAGGCUGGAACUUGGCGGGGCAUUAGGAACACCGCAGGAGAAGAUUUUUGUUGCUGCAGGGUCAGAGGUUCGAGGAUUCACAAAGAAAGGCAAACAGUUCCUUUCAUUUGAAGCUAACCUUACGGAAAGCAUCAAGGCCAUGUAUGUGUCAGGAGCAGAUCUCUUUGUGUGUGCAAGCUAUAUUUAUAACCAUUACUGCGACUGCAAAGAUCAGGAUUACUACCUGUCGGGGGACAAGAUCAAUGACAUUGUCUGCCUACCAGUGGAGAAUCUGGGACGAAUCACUCCAGUGCUGGCCUGUCAAGACAGAGUCCUCAGGGUACUACAGGGAUCAGACCUCAUGUACGACAUUGAGGUUCCUGGACCGGCCUCUGUUUUAGAGUUGAACAACAGAGAUGGAGGAAGCCAAGGUGGAGAAAUUCUUUAUGGGACAUCCGAUGGAAAGCUGGGACUUCUCAGGCUCACUGAUACCUCGCCAGUUCACAUUUGGGAAGUGGCUAAUGAAAAGAAAAGAGGAGGUGUUUUGUGCAUUGAUUCAUUUGACAUUAUUGGUGAUGGGGUAAAGGAGAUCCUUGUUGGCAGAGAUGAUGGAACAGUAGAAGUUUAUGGGCUUGACAGUUCCAAUGAGCCUGUACUGCGCUUUGAACAUACCCUGUCAGAGAGUGUCACAUCUAUCCAGGGUGGGUGUGUUGGAAAAGAGUCUUUUGAGGAGGUCCUGACAGCAACAUACACAGGGUGGCUGACUGGACUCACCUCUGAACCACAGCAUAAGGAAGCAGGACCUGGAGAGGAGAUCAAGAUGAGUCGUGAGACGCAGAACAAAAUCGCAGCUCUGAGGGCGGAGCUAGAGCAACUGCAGAUUAAAGUCCUGCAGGAACGUGAGAAAUACCAGCAGUCCUCCCAGUCCAGUAAAGCGGUCUCUGCUGUCCCAGUCUUCAGCAUCAAUGACAAAUUCACCCUGUGUCAGGAUGACGCCAGCUACAGUCUCACCCUGGAGGUGCAGACAGCCAUUGACAAUGUGCUUUUGCAGAGUGAUGUUCCCAUUGACCUGCUGGAUGUGGAUAAAAAUUCUGCAGUAGUCAGUUUCAGUGAAUGUGAUUCUGAGCCAAAUGGUAACUUCCUCCUUGCUACGUAUAGAUGCCAAGCAAAUACCACAAGACUUGAACUUAAGAUCCGAUCCAUUGAAGGCCAGUAUGGGACUUUGCAAGCAUAUGUAACUCCACGUCUACAACCAAAAACCUGCCAGGUCCGUCGAUAUCAAAUUAAGCCCCUGUCCCUUCACCAAAGAACUCAUACCAUUGAUCAUGACAGGCCUAUGAACACACUCACUCUCACUGGACAGUUCAGCUUUGCCGAGAUUCAUUCCUGGGUUGUUUUCUGUCUUCCUGAAGUUCCUGAAAAGACGCCAGCAGGGGACAGUGUUACUUUCGACUUUCAGAACACUUUCCUUGACACACAACUUGAAUGUACAUACAGUAAAUGUGAGGCCAACUUCAAGUCGGACAACAUCUCCACAAUAUCCAUUCUCAAGGAUGUCCUUUCCAAAGAAGCAACCAAAAGAAAAAUUAACCUCAAUAUUUCCUAUGAUAUUAAUGAAGAAUCUGUAAACCACACUUUAAAGAUGAUCCAUCCAAAGCUGGAAUACCAGUUGCUUCUAGCCAAAAAGGUCCAGCUAAUUGAUGCUUUAAAAGAGCUACAGGUCCAUGAGGGAAAUGUGGACUUUCUCAUCCCAGAGUACCGCAGUAUUCUAGAAGAGGCCAGUCGCCUUCUUGAGGAGUACAAAAAACAGCCAGCACAUUUAGAAAGGCUGUAUGGUAUGAUUACGGAUCUCUUCAUUGACAAAUUCAAAUUUAAAGGACAGAAUGUCAAGACUAAAGUACCAUUGCUGCUUGAAAUCUUGGACAACUAUGAACUGAAUUCUUUAGUGGAAUUUUUUGAUUCAGCAUAAUACUGAGAUGUAAACAAAUCAUUGAAGUUUCAUCCAGUGUGGUAUGUUUUUCCUAAGAAGCUACAGUAACAUUUUUUAAAUUUUGUGUUGUAUUUUUAAGAAAUGUUAUUUGGAAAUACAAGGGAAGUUAUUGUUUCAGUUUUCACAAUAUCAUAAUUUUCCCUGAUACUUUCAUACAUUUUAACUCUGUAAAAUUGAUGUAUUUAUAAACGAUAUGUACAAUAGUUGAAAUGUAGUAAUAUGCAUAGAAAUUAUAUGGAGUGGUGUUCUUAGCAAGUACAGAGUUGGUGUUCCAAUGAACAGUUCAUACAAAUAUUUCUUCUGACUUAUCAUUCACAUCUAUUCCAAAUACUUGAGCUGUAUAGUGAAUAUAAGAAUUUGAUUUUCUAAAUAUAUGUUAAUGUUAAUAUUUUUCUAUGUUAAAUAAUUCCAGAUUAAUUUAUGUAUACAGUUACCUUACUCUCAUUGGGGCAUAUAACAUUUGUGAAAUAAUCUUAAAUAAACUUAAUUAUAAAUG